AAGAGUGAGCAUAUAUAUUUCGGUUCAACCAAUAUCAUCAAUCAUCUAGUUGAUCCCACCCUCCAUCUCUUUGACAGAAAUUUUGAUUUGUUGGAUUGCAAGACAUAUUUCAUGCCACUUUUCAAUAUGCUGGGGCUUCAGGAAAUAAAAGGCAAUUAAAUAACUAAGUCACUAAACAAAUAAAUGUCAGCCAUCCAUCUAUCCAUUUUCUGUACUGCUUCUCCUCACAAGGGUCGCGGGUAUGCUGGAGCCUAUCCCAGCUAACUCUGCGGGCAGGAGGCAGGGUACACCCUGCACUGGUCGCCAGCCAAUCGCAGGGCACAUAUAUAAACAAACAACCGUUCGCACUCUCAUUGACACCUACGGGCAACUUAGAGUCCUCAAUUAACCUACAAUGCAUGUUUUUGGAAUGUGGAGGGAAAACCGGAGUGCCUGGAUAAAUCUCACGCAGGCACGGGGAGAACAUGCAAACCCCACACUGGUGAGGCCGGGGAUUGAACCCUUGUCCUCAGAACUGUGAGGCAGACGCUCUAACCAGUAGUCUACCAUGCCGCACUGUCAUUAAAUCAAUUUAAAAAAUCAAUUACAUUAAUAAAAUUAAAUUAAACCAAAUUAUUCAAUAAAUAAAUGUCAUUAAAUCAAUACAAAAUCCAUUACAUGAAUAAAAUUCAAUUACAAUAAACCAAAUUAAAAAACUAAAUGUCAUUAAAUAAAUAAUGCCAUUGAAUAAGUAAAAUUCCAUUAAUUAUAUAUAUUUUUAAAUUAAUUACAUAAUGACAUUCAAUAUUAAAAAAAAAAAAAAAAAGUCAUGCAGUGGAGUUCUGUGAGAUAAUUUCCAUCUAUAGUCCCUGAUAACCAUACCACAAAUGACAGGAAAACAGACACAUUCACCACUGUGAAAUUCACUUUUAAUCUAUAAUUGUCGUUAUCGGUAAGAAUAGUAUUUUGAAAAAAAAAUGUCCAAAAAUUAUUGAUGCAUUUGAGAAAGAUUGGUUAAAAACUAUGGCUAGUAAGGAACUUUAACCUCGCUAACUCGGCCAUUUUGUGUCGUUACCAUUCAAAAUCAAUAGGGUUGUUAGGUGCAGUAAUCCUUGAAAGUGGAAUGAGAGCUUCGCGGAAAGCCUAAUCCUCCUCCGCCGAGGCGUUAAAUCAGUGUUUGAACAGGUGCAGAUGAAAGGGCUGCAGGUGAGAGCGAAGGAAUGACCACCAUGUGACUCAUCCUCGCACUCUGACUGGUCGCUUCUUUCACCGACUCGGCGGGCUGAUCAAAGCCGCGUGAGUGUCGCCGUCGUUGACAGGCCAGUGUUUCUCUACUGUUUCGAGGCGAUGAGAUUAAUCCACGCACACCUGUGCUUUAAUUCGCGACGACCAACAACUCGUCAACGCCGAAGCUACAGCUGGCGCGCACACAUUACCGUAGUGUUUUUAAUCUGGAUAAAAUGUGUUGAGGGGCUCUAAUCGUGUUUGGUAACACUCGACAACGUCGUCGUCAUGUCAUCAGCCACUGAUCCAUGUUAACUGGUGUCCAGUCGGCAAAUGAUGGCUUUUUGCCAGAUGGCCAAAUUUGUAUAUCAUAAGGAUUUAUAAUUGAAAAUAUUAAACAGGUUUAACAUUUACAAUUCUCCGAGGAGAUCGGGGAGGAAAAAUAACUCUGAACAUACCCCACAACACAAGAUAAUCACUCAGGAUAAUCUUUGCGAAACAUCCAAUAAUUGGGUCUUUGCUGACUUUGAUUGAAAGGGGAAACACAUUUACAAAUUAGGCCUGGUUAUGGCUAUGCAUCUACCUCGCUUCCUAAUUUAUCCGUUUCACGUCACAAUCAUGGAGUGCGGGGAUUGGCCGAACACCUUGUUCACCACAUACGUCAAAUAUUUGUAAUCCUAAAUAUUGAAGAGGUUUAACAUUCAUGAUUCUCGCCAAUUUUGAGAGCGGAUCGGUAGGAAAAAUCGAUCCUAACUCUUGAAUUUGAUCAAAGGAGGGGGGAUGUUCAAUUGGCUAUCGUUUUGUUUCAUGUCACAAUUGUGAAGUCCGUGGAUCGGUUGAACUCUGUGUUGACCACACGCAUUGGUAUGUGCGAUCUUAAAUACUGAACCGGUUUAACAUUCGCGAUUGUUGACCGUUUUCGUAGCAGAUUGGGGAGGAAAAAUCACUCUUAACACACAGUACGGGAUCAUCUCUCAGGAUAAGAGAGAGAGAAAAUUUUUGGGACCCUUAAUCUGAAUGGUGUCAAAAUUUAAAUUUGGCCCAAUCAUCGGUAUGCGUCACCCCACUUUUUGCCAAACUGUUUUCCAAGGAGAUCAAGAAAAAUCACUUUGAACACUCCCCACACCACAGGAUAAUCUUAUGUAGACAACAACAGUGGGAGAUUUGCUGACUUUGAUUGCAAGCGGGUGAAAAUGCUUAAAUUUGGUCAAAUUAUCGGUUUGUGUGUACUCCACUUAAUACUGUGAACUGCCCUAAAGCCACUGGUCCUAAAAAGAUGACAUCAGUUUUUAGCGUGACGAGUCGUUCCACAUCAACACCAAAGGUGUUCUUGAUAAAGCAUCAAGCAUCAUCACUCCAGCGUUGUCGGUUAGCAGGCGUGUGUUUAUUCUGGAAGCCGCCGCCUUUCGAGUACAGUUUGACGACUCUUCACAGAUGAGACCGGCGAGUAUUUUUCAAGACGCAUCGCUUGCGUGUCUGAACAGACGGCCCCUCGAUUUAGUUUCUGUCCAUGGGACUGAUUGAAACCUCAGACGGCAAAAGAUGUUGCAACACGUUGGUUGGAUCAAGACGAGCGUCUCUUCCCGCCCAGGCAGACUGAACACGACACUGACGAUCCGAUGAGAGACGAGGUUAGAUGUGAGAGGAGGUCAUGUGACUAGCAAGGGGCUUGGAGGAGAGAGGGCGGGACCACCUGAACCACUCUCACCUUUUACCUCGUCCCUGCCCUGAGCCUCUCACACACAAGAACCAGCUGGUAAACCAGGAGCGAGAUUGUUCCUCCACUGGGAUGCGUUCCGCGUAGGACUCUGAUCCGGAAUUGGAUCACAUCGGCCAUGUUCGGACCCGGGCAACUGGUCUCCGCUCUCCUGCCUGCGGUUUUCCACUCACCCGCAGCCCCGUUUUUCCACGCCUUCCCGGCCCGACAGAUCCUGAUCCCGGCGGGGCCCUACAUCAGCUACGAGUCCCUGAGGAGUUACCUGCAGCCCGAGCCAUGCAAGGAGGCGCUGCUGCUGGCCACGCAGGCCGUAGGCAUGGGUCCACUGGUGGAUGGCAUGGACGAGCAGAGGCCAGUGAAGCAGCGUCGCGCUCGCGCCAACUACAGCAGCUGGCAGCUCGAGGAGCUGGAGAAGGCCUUCGAAAGCACCCACUACCCCGACGUGUUCAUGAGGGAAGCCCUGGCACUCAGACUGGACCUCAUUGAAGCCAGAGUUCAGGUUUGGUUUCAAAACCGGCGUGCCAAGAUGAGGCGUCAGCUGAAGUUGCAGGGCCAGCGUGCUGAGCCUCACCCGAAAGGAGAAUGCGGAGACUUCCUGGAUAAAACAAUCCGUUUAAAACAUCCCGAGGACGCUUGCGACGGCGAGCGCUGGCAGAGAGCUCAGGAAGACGACGGCAACUACCCGUGGACAAAAGCCGCCGGCGCCGCAGUGGCCGGUCAGAGGUCGGAGCAGCUGCGCUCCAGCAGCAUCGCCAAGCUGAGGGCCAAAGCCAGGGAGCACGAGGCCGAGAUCAACGGCGCCGUCAACGUGUCGGCGGGCAUCGCGCCGUCCCGAACACAGGAAGUGGACGCCGUGCACGAUGUGGACUACAUCAAGAAGGUCGUGACGACGGAGCUGCAGAGGAUCCCGGACAAAUCCUUCCAGGAGUGCAUGAAGAUGUAUCAGAAGAAGGCUGGAAACGGGCGUUUGAGUCCAGAGGGAUUGCUUCAAAGGGGAAAACUAGCGACACCAGUCCUGGAAUUUUAUGACACACCUCAUUUAUGGUUUACAUGGCUUGCAUGCUGUAAAUGAUAUCCACACCUUAUUGCCAUGAACUAGUGCAGCUUAAUACUGCGCCCUACUGGCCAAUGCUAAUUCAGCAGUAAAGUCAUUAUUGUAAACGUGUAUGGGGGGGAACACUUCUAGGCCUUCUUGUGCCAUUUGUAACACCAAAGAAACAAACAAUUUCCAAAUAUUUGGUACAUCAUUUCACAAAUCCACAAGGCGUGGUGGGGUGUUAAAUCUACCUCAACAUGUUUGCACAGCAUCAUCAUUUGUGAACAUGUUUUUAUCCUCGGUGCACAAGAUAAUUGUAAUUAUUUUUUAAAAUACUUACACCCUAAUCUGCAGUAUAAUCUUGAGCAUGCUGGAUAAGAACAUUUGCACACACGAUUAGGACCUUGUGUGCACAAGAUGAUAAAAAAGAAAAGGAGUGACCAUCUUGUGCAAAAAGGAUAGGAAGACACUAAUUAACAUAACUGAGCCUUUGGG